AUGGAGCCUCACGGAGCUACAGCGUCCUCUUCCUCCGCCAUGGCAUCCUCACCAGCCGCCGCCUCUGGCCUCCCGACGCCUUCGCAGUCGUCUCGACGAAAAGCAAACCCUUCCAUCACCCCUCGACGCUUCACCCGUUUCUGGUACCAGAGGCAAGCCCAAACCGAAGAGCUACCAAAACCUAGGAGCAUCCUUGGCAACUUAGACUCGUCAUCCGUCAACCACCGACAAUUUCUCUCGCCUCAAUCUCUCUUUAGCGACCCCAUUGCAUCCGAUCCUAUCUCUCCUCCGUCUCCCACCAGCCGAUUACAGGAUGAUUCAAGGAAACGAAAGCUUCAGGCCGGACAGGCUGAGCCCGACUUCAAGAGGCCUGCUCUCAACCUUGAGAAUAUGCCUCCACUCCGACUCAAUCUCCCAGCCCAAGCAUCCCAGGAGAACGAUGUUACCUUGGCGGAUACUCCCACAAAGGCUCAAGAUAGUCAAGAGAGUCUCAACAGCCGUAGAAAAGCUACUCUGGUAUGGAAGCGUCCCAACCUCACACCAUCUUCAUCCCUGUUGACCCUCCAUCAGAGCGACUUCUUCAAAGCCAGCCGUGGCGGUGCUCAAGCAUUGAAGAAAAAGACAAGCUCUGUCAGUUUUCAUAGCCCUGCUGACGCGGUGGAGCCCAAUAACACACUGGAAGGAUACGCACCAAGACCGAUUAGGAAAUUUGGCAACCGAGGAUUCGAAGCUCAACUCCUCAACCGCGAACAUGGGUUCGGAUAUCCCAAUGGCCAGACAUACCUUCACACCCCAGCUUAUGACAUCCGUUCCGAGACGGCCAACUUUCACAGCCGUAGCACCGAUUAUCAUGAGUGUGUCGCCCGAGACAGGCCUGGCAACACCAUCCCAUUCUGCCUUGCCAGCGCCAACAGUGCCCCGGUAACCGCCAUUGGUGAUGAAGAAGGCUGCGUGAGGUUCUUCAACACGACUUCAACCGACAAUCCCGCUGAGGACAAGGUUGAUGCUCACUUCCAAGUCCACGACAAUGCUAUCUGGGACAUGGCUUUCUCGAGGGACGACCUCCGCCUUGCAACAGCUUCUGGUGAAUCAGGCGUCAUCAUCGACACCAUUACACAGACCGUUGCAGCUAAGCUUGAGGGUGGUCACUGGGACUCGACACGGCAAAUCGCAUGGCAGAAGGGACAAACCACGGGCAACGUCUUGGCCACCUCGGAUAAGGCUGGACGCAUUCGCCUGUGGGAUCUGCGAUGCCCCGAAGCCCGCAGCAAGAGCUUUUCUACCCGUUCUAGUUCCGGCGAAUCCAAGGCUCGCCGGGUUGUCGUCGAGAGGGAUAGAAACCUCGACCCCUUCCGCGCGGCCACCGUCAACAUUCUCGAUAGAACUCAUGAACGUACCAUGGCGGGCAACACCUCGACCGCAUCCGUCACCGCCAUCCAAUGGCUUCCCGCUGACCGUGAGCACCUGCUCCUUUCGGCUUCUGAGGCUGAGGCUGUCGUCAAGCUCUGGGAUCUCCGAUAUAUCAAGCCUCGCCGCCAGGAGAAGAGCACCCCCUUGGCUUCCACCCGCGCGCCGACCUCGCACGCUUGGCGAUCCUACGGCAUUACCUCUCUAGCUCUUAGCAACGAUGCUGCUCGCAUGUACGCCGUCUGCAAGGACAACACUGUUUAUGCAUAUUCCACUGCUCAUCUGAUGCUCGGUCACGCCCCUGAACUGGAGGAUUUCGCUACGAAGCGCCGACCAACCGGUGUUGAGGGCCUCGGUCCCCUCUACGGCUUCAAGCACGAUUCUUUUUCCGCCCGAACCUUUUACGUCAAGUGUAGCAUCCGCCAGAAGGGUCUCUCACACAGUUCCGACCUCCUCGCUGUCGGAAGCACCUCUUCGUCCGUCAUGCUCUUCCCCACUGACGAGCGCUAUCUCCGAUCGGCCUGCGACCAGCGCGCCCACGUUCUCGACUCCCCAGGCUCCGCCAUCACUCCCUCCCGGUCCUUCUCAGCCCCGGAGACUACGUUCCCCAUCUUCCGCACUGGCACACCCCUCAUCCAUGGACACUCAAGCGAGGUCACCAACAUCAGCUGGACGCACGAUGGCAAGCUCGUCAGCGCUUCUGAUGACUACAUUGUGCGCCAGUGGCAGGAGAACGGCGAGCGUGCACGGCACUACAGACAGGUUGGCGACUUCGGUGGUGAGCGUCACAUGGCAGGCUGGGCCGAUGUGGGCGACGACUGGGACGCCGAGGAUGAUGAAGAGUAG